AUGGAUUACCACAUCACCAAUGUCUCUCAAUUUCCAAAGACACCGGCAAGCACGACCCCGGGCCAGACCCCCACUGACGACUUAGACUCCCGACUCUCGACUUGGUUGAUGACACGAGAAGAAGCCCUUGUGCUGGUCCUGGAUUUCAUUGAAAACCCCUUCCAUCUCCUCACCAUCAUACAUGGCCCAGCUGCAAGGUCGACGGUCGACAACUUUUACAUGAGCCUUGCCCAAGGCAAAGACCCAAAUCCGGCGCAUGCUGCGCUGAUUCUCAGCAUCGCUGCCACAAGCGCAUUUUUCUACUACAAAGGUUCCAAGUCACUGGGCUGUUUCACGUCUACCGAAGACGCGACACACACUGCGAUGAUUUGGUUCAAGUCCGCACUCAAUAUCCUUGAGAAAUCCCGACCGAGCACCUACAGCUGUCUCGAAGCGGUACAAGCAAGAUCCGUGUUGGCCUACCUGGUCUACAACAUGGAGGGGUGUUCUGAUCGCUUUAGGCACCUACAUGGCUGCUCGCUGACGGCGGCCCGGGAAAUUUGUCUGCACUUGAUUGACAGCCCUUCCUCAGACCAACAGGAAGACGUCACCACGAGGGAAAUCAAACGAAGGGUCUGGUGGCACAUUGCAGCAACGGACUGGAUGCUCGGCUUGAUGGGUGGACCAACGGAUGGAACAUACAACGUACAACCAAGACAGAUGAACGUCAAGUACCCUCGCAACAUCAACGACGACGAAGCCAGCCUCUCCGAUGAGAACUUCACAAUGCCUCCAGAUACUGUGACCAUGCUGACCUGCUUCAUCAAACGCAUCGAGCUCGCCGAGAUCGCCCGGUCCAUCAUUGACGCCAGAACCCCCGGAGUCCCUGACGCCGAGCUCACCGACUACGACAAGGUCCUCGAGCUAGACCGUCUUUUCAAAGAUGCUUUUUCUGGUUUCCCUCCAUUCCUCCACCCAGACGGCCCCAUCCCUCCCAACGCUCCGCAGUACCUUGCCCUCCAGAGAGACGUCGUUCUCCUUGGUUUCCACUCUCGACGGGCACGACUACACCGCCCCUUCCUAUUACAUGACAAGCAAGACGCCCAAUAUCGGCCGUCGCGUGAGAUUUGCCUUCAAUCUGCUCGCGCAGUUCUCUCCAUUACAACGGCUCUCCUCCGAGCUUCGCAAGACAGGGGGGUCGUCUCUGUUCUCAAUGUCAAUGUAAGAGCUAUGAGCUGCCGGCUGGGUUGCGUUAUUGGUCAUAUGUUCAUGGCAUGUACAAUCCUGGCUCUUAACGCUGGACUGGAUCCUGGUAGAGGGACACCAGCGGUCGAAGAGGGACGCGGUGUACCAUCGGACGCGAUGGCGAAGACCCACGCGGAAGUGGCAGAUGCCUGUCGCGCGCUCGCCUCUGCUGGAGAGGAGUCGGCAGUGGCGGAGAAGCUCGUAAGAAACCUUGUUGGCGUGUUACGUCGCUAUCGUAUCCAAGGCAUGGAGGAUGUCGUCUCGUCGGAGUCAGAACACACAAAUGCAUCCGACGCAGACUCCACGAAAAAUGGCCUGGAUGAAGGUACGGGAACCAACAAGAAGGCCGGCGGAUCAGAUGACAAUGACGACGUUGGCUACUCAAGCAUGUUUAGCGAGGAUGAUCUCGGCCUUCAGGGACUUUGGGGUGACAUGCUGGGUGAUACGACCGCGUUCGGAUGGGACCAACUGUUCGCUGGGCUCGACACGUACUGCGGACCCACCUGA